AUGCAGCAACGACGGUCGCUGCCGCCGAGCUCCUCGACCGGACGGCGAGGCCGCCAGCCGCAGACACCCCGAUCCCGCCUUCUGUGCUCGUGGGAGGUUCUCGGCGUCGCGACUCUCUUGGUGUUGACCAUCGUCAACGUCUGCACCUACAGCGAACGUCGGGCCAAGUUUCAGCUCUCUCUUGGGGGCGCCCUCCACACCUCCAACGACGACAACGGCCUGCCGGAACACAGCCUUCGCGCCCCCGCUCCACGGGGCAAAGUGUCAGAGCGUACGGGCGGAAGCGGGGUCGGGGCAGGGCCGGAAUAUGUCGCCUCUGUUGGGCGACCGGGCGGCAACGUUGACGCUAGCGGUACCAGGAGACCUGGUACUGUUGGUGGUGCUGUUGGUGGUGGCGGUGGCGAUCGUAGCGGGGGGGGUGCGGGCAAAGAGACCGUGGUCGGGAGCGGGGGCUGGAAAUGGACGAACAAGACCACGGGUCCGGUACGCCCCCUGUCCCCGCCAACGCUGCCAACGCCACCUACGCCAUUGCCACUAACAAACCCGCUGGGGCGAGACGCUCCGUUGCAGGUGGCAGUCAUGCGGUCAGUGAACGACGCUGGCGUCGGAAGCAGCGGCACGGGAAUGAACAGCUGGCGGUGGCCUUCUAAUGUGGGCGCUGGCAGCAACGGGAGCAUCGGUGGCGUUUCGGAGGCGGACUCGGUCGUCGGCCACUUCCCUUGCUCGUUGACGGAAGCGGACGACGCCCCCGGCCCGGGGCACCGCGGUGGCGGUGGCGGCGGCGGCGGCAACGACGCCGCCGCUCGCAAGCAGAGGCUGAAACCGUGGUCCGCCAGCGGGCCAUGCGUGGUGUCCUGCUCUCCGCCCUCCUCCUCCUCCUCCUCCUCGGCCGCUUCGGGCGCGAGACAACUGGAGGAAGCCCGGGGGGCGGAAGACCGGAUCGGGGGAGGGGGGGUGGCCGUGACACCGAUAGGCGGUGCCCCGUUGGGCGGCGGCGGCGGCGGUGGCAGCGGCGGCGGAGGCCUGGAGCGCUGCGAGCGAGCCGCUCGCGCGUGCAACCUCUAUCAGGAAUGCACGCACGUGCUGCUCCCUCCGGGAGGCGGCGGUGGAGACGGCCAUUCGAGCGGCAGCGGUAAGGAGGCGGAAGCAGGGGGGGGGGCAGGCAAACGUAGCGGGAAGAGAAGGAACGACGGCGGGUUCGCGGUCCUCAUGCAUCGGGCGGCAAGGGACGGAUCGAUGGCAGGCGUCGAGGCGGCGGCGGCAGCGGCGGUGGCGGCACACGCAGAGGGGAGUGGGAGUGGGUGGGGCGGUCCCAGAGGCGGGUUUACGCUUGACGCGAAGCCAAGGACGUACUACGUUGUGUCGUUCGGGGGUAGCGGGAGCAAGAUGCUCGGGGGUUGGCUGAGCGAGCGGGGCAAGGAGAUGGUGAAGGAGGUGUUCCACAUCCACGACCCAAGACCGGGCGACAAGCUCUUCGCGAAGGUGGCGCGGAGAGGCGUGAGCGCCGGCGGCGGGGGGGGCAGCGGCAAGGACUUUCGGGGCUACGACUUUCCCGAGGGCGACUUUCCCUCCGAGGGGACGGCGGUGUACGAUGUAGACAACUACCGCGUGGUGCUGAUCUUUAAGGACCCCGCCGAAGCGCUUGUCAGCCGCUACUUCUACAACCACUGCAAGAACCUCAGGGGGGCACAGUGCGGGUCGACUCCGGCAGACUUCCCGAGUCUAGAGAGCUACGCCGAGGAGAGCGGCGACCGUCUGCACAUGGAGGCCUUCUACGACAACUACUGCAACCCCGCCAGCGUAGCCGCCGCCGGCACUGCCGCCGCCGGCGGUGCAACAAAAAAGGAGCGGCGCAACUAUCCCGUGGUGUGCGUGAACUACCACAAGAUGUGGGACAACAAGGAGGCACUGGUGAAAGCGCUGGGUCUUCCUGUGGGGGAGGCGUCGAAGCUGCCGACGAGGACCGAGACUGUGCGAAACGACCGAACCAGCGCCGAGAGGGGAGAGCCGUUCACCCUCGCCGUCAGGGAGCGGUUACGCCGGAAGCACGCCUCAUUGUCCAAGAAGGUCUUCGAGGCGCCCGCCGUAGCGAUAGUCUAAGCAGAAGAAACCAUGAUCUUGUUGCAUCUCUCAACGCAGCAGCGGCAGUUUGUGCCGCGAGCAGCUAUGGGUGGAGUGAUCGGACGGCGUGGUGUUGUAUGGAGGUCGGAGGGCACCUUCGAAGAGGCGAGGCGGCGUGAAAACACAAAUCCUUUGUCCUUUUCGCCGUCCCUAUACAUAGCUAAUGUAGUUGGCGAGUAUUUCGCUAUCGUGCGUUGUAGGUCUGGCUUGGGGGGGUGCACGAGGGCAGAGGCGCUACUCAACACCGUUUGUAUCCGUUUUGAGCGACGUCACUGAGCCCCCUACUUUUUCGGAAGAGACAAGUAAUAAUAUGCAGUGGUUUAUAUCUUCGAGGUGUUUUAUAUUGGGUUCGUGUGGAUCGUUUGUUGUUUCGGUUGUUGGAGAGAGGCCGGAUUUGCUGUUCUUUCUGCCGGUCGUUAGACUAGUGCUCUGUCCUGCGUGGUAGGGGCGUCAUUUGUUGGGGCUGCUUUCAUAUGACGCCGUGUACCCACCCACAUGCACCUACAUGGCUUUGUGACUGACAGCGUGGAUAUCGUAGCUGUUCCUCGCGUCAUCUCCCUGGUGAUCGUUCGCUACUAGAGUAGGACGCCUCCUCCCAUUGCGUUAUUUGAUUGAUUCGACAGAGAAUGGAGCCCGCGGCAUGUUUUUGGUCAGCAGUCGACUGGGCGAGAAGGUUGGGGAAUCAGCCUCCCCGGACGAUGUUUUUUUUUUUUUCACAGAGUAACGGGACUGCGCCGGUCAUGUCCGGGUGUAGGCUCAACGGGGGGAAGCGUUUCGCUGAAUAAAACAUGUCGCCGGCGUCAUUCGAUUGGGUCGGGCCGGGAACGCCGUCGAGAUUCGCUACAGCAGUAGUAGAGAGGAUGGCGAGAUGAGAUGAGAGACUGACCACUGACAUACAUUGGUUUUUCCACGGUCGGCGCGAGGAACUCUCGUUCGUCAUCGAUGAAGUCUGUUUGAGUUACCAGGGAAGUGUGUCGUGAGUGUGUGUGAACGGAGCGGGAAGCAAGAGUUUUACAACAAGUAGAAGCAUCGGAGUCGUCUCGUCUCCUUCUUUUCUGCUUUCCGCAUGUAAAGUGAGUGUAUUUUCCUUAGAAUCGACUGCGCCUCAACACGCUGACCGAUGACUUGAAUUCAUAUUUGCAUGUAGUGCUCUUGUUUGUUCCCAGCGUGAUCAACUCGUCUUGCAUUUUAUUUUGGUUUUUGUCUGUCUCCUUUGUUGCGAUUCCAUUGCCUCCAAGGUAUUCAUGCCUUCCUGCCGGCAUACGCGUUUCGAUUGAGGCGGCUUUCGGUAGGUUGGUGGGUGCGACGGGCUCGGCACAGCGUUUGCCGGGGGCAGCACGUAAUUUGCUGUUGCGAGUAUCGUCGUUGCACCCCAAAAUUUGCACACGAAUUCAGCGGAAGAAUGACACACAAGUUAGUUCACUGCUGGUGAUUGAACGCAGGUAACACACAUGGGACCUCAAACACGCGCUUCUCUCUGUGCCGUGCUUGGGCUAUGCGCACAACACCGGUCGCCCCGGUGGUCUAGUGGGUAACCUCGCAGCCGGCUAAGGGCCAGGUCAUGGGUUCGAGUCCCGGCAGAGUGAGUUUUUUUCUCACUACAUGAAUCCUGGUCUAGGAUGAAAGCGACGCGUUGCAAAGCUCGUUGUUAGUAAACCAUAAUCGACUUCGUAAGUCGCGAGGGAAGGGAUUGCUGUACCCUUCUCGAGAUAAAAAUACCUCAGGCAGGAACCGCAGGAGGGGGUCCAGCCUCCCCCUCCUAUGUGACCCCGGUUGGGUCGUCUAGCUAGUAGAAGUGGAGGAUAAGGGCCAGUGGGGCAGACGACAGAAUCCGAUGAUGGGAGAAAAUAUAUAUAUAUAUAUUUAGAAGAAGUAUAUAUGUAUGCGGCAUUUUUGUCCGUGAGAGGGGCCCCACGGUAGGGUACAGACUCUUCGGGGGGGCUCGCCCCACGUUGUGCUACUGCUGUGUGGAUUUCGGUAUACUCCGUUUGACGGCGCCACUCUGUUUGGCCAAUCAAACAAAGGCAUCCGUGUGUCGGUUUUGAUAAACGUGUGACAGCGCCACAGGUUGGCCAAUCAAGCACAAAACAUCAGAUCAGGUGACGAUUGUUAAACAUUUUACAGCGCCAGCUACUGGUUGGCCUAAUCAACAUCGGCAUCAGUCGCGUCUCGGGACUGAAAACGCCAGCACCCGUUGCUGUGUUUCAUUAUGUUGUCCACGCUAACUGGGCGGCUGGCCAAUGCAAACACAGGCAGGUCUCGUUUUCUCUUUUUGGACGGGCAAAAAAGAACGAACCACAAUAAAAAGUCCCUUCUCCUGCCGCCGCCAAAAUCUCGCACGGGACCAACACAAUCUGUCCGCUGAAUCGCGAUUGCCAACCUAGGCAACUUGCUCGGACGAACGGCACGCGCAGUCAGCGACAGCAGAACAAGGCACACAUAUUGCCCACACCAACCGAAACUCCACUCGUUCAGAGAAGAAGAGUGUUACGAUCGAUCCUCCUCG